UACAGCACGCAGAUGGCAACCCAGCCGUAGAGAGAAGUCGCUCGCCUCCGUUCGGACCUGAUGUUUGUUCUAUUCGAGACACGGAUAUGAGGUUUAUCACCCGUACGCGUUUCUCCUGUCGUUCACGGGCCGGCGGAUUCUGAGGACAACCCCUUUUUUUUCCACCUACUUCUGGAUUUAAAAACUUUUCUCUCGCCAAAGGAAGCGAACACACGGGUUCCGGUGGGCGCCGAGCUGCUUUUCCUUCUUUCUCCUUCUUCGGAUUCAUCCUGGAUUUCGACGUUUGUCAUCGUGUCAGCAACUUUCCUCGAGUUGUAUUUUAAUUUAUCGCUUUUUUAUUAUCAUUACUAUUAUUUUAAAGUUCAGUAACAGGGUUCAUUUGUCACAGUUUGUCUUUUUGACGUGUUGCUGUUCGAAAACAGGUUCGGUUCUAUAACCAGGCGUCCUAAGUAGCGCACGAGCGCUCGUUUAAAAGUUUGAAUAAUAACGGAAUUAACGGUCAUCUUCGUCAGUGCAUCUAAUCGCCAUUUUAUUUAUCAGUCGUUUCUUUCACUUUUCGCUGCUCACACGUGAAAGUUGUUGUCAUUAUUAUUAGUUUAUUUUUUUUCGGAUGCAAAGUGAAUCCAAGCCUCCGUCGUGCCAAAGCACAUCGACCCCACCGACCUGAGGCGAGGAAAAAAUCUGCAAAGUUAGCAUAAAUUUAGCAUAAAAAGGCGGCAUUAAAAAAAUCACGGAAAUUGCUCUCGUACGGUUCUAAAUGGAUUUCAUAAAGGCAACACGUUUACUGUUACACCUUCUGUGACUAACUGGGAUCGACUCUGGGAUAUUACAAGUGUUAUUUCUCCGUAUAUUUACAGCCAGACUUGAUUUGACUCAGAGCUACGAUGAAAAGACGACGGAGAAUUCUGGAUUUUCUGAAGUCGUCAGAGAAAUUCCGUCACUGUCGCAUCGUGAUAUGACGACAAGGAUUACACUUGCAAAAAAUACAAACUUUAUCACACCUGGGACUUCUAAAACAAUGGCAGCGUCAGCUUUUUCCCUGGUUAACGGAGAGGCUGGACUUUUCCUGUCAGCAUCACUGAAAUAACUAGCGUUUCUGCUUCUUUUAUAGACUUAUUUAACAAACACUGUGCGCUGCGCAUGCGCGAAGAGAGGUCACGUGCUCGGCACCCGCGCGAUUCAGGCUGUUAAUGGGUGGUGUCAAAAGUCCAAGUGUGUGACGACUCCAAAUCUGCACACAGAAGAGGACACACACCCACACACACCGCAAACAUGAAUGAGAGACAGGCUCUCCAUUCCAUAAUGAAGGACCUGGUGGCGCUGCAGAUGACCCGGCGGCAGCCAGUGCCAGCUUAUGACAUGGCCAAAACCAAGCCUGCUAACACAACUAGCAUGGCUAACAGACAGGACGACGUCAGAAUCAAGUUUGAGUUCUGCGGAGAGAGAAGGAUACUGAUGUUCACUCGGCCUGUUCAGUUUGAGGAAGUCCAGCAAAAGGUCAAGACUGUCUUUGGGCAGCAGCUGGAGCUCCACUAUAUGAACAAUGAGAUGUCUAUUCCGCUACAUGAUCAGGAUGACUUGGACAAGGCUAUUGACCUGCUGGACCGCAGCUCGAACAUGAAGAGCAUAAAGAUCCUGCUACUAACAGAAGAAAACUGCAAUGUCUCGUCCCCAACUCAUCACUCCGGAUGCAAGCAGGUCCGAAUCAAAGCCUCGCAGUCCAUGGGGGAUGUGAGCGCCGCGUUUCAGUCCGCUGAACCCAGGGGACGCCACCCAUCCACUAGUUCUCAGAACACUGGGCGGAGCUCUCCGCCUCCUGGCUACGUUCCGGAGCGGCAGCAGCGAAUCGCUCGCCAAGGAUCCUACACCAGCAUUAACAGUGAGGGAGAGUUUAUACCCGAGACCAGCGACCAGUGUGUGCUGGAUCCCUGGAGCAGUGCAGAAAACUCCAUAUCCGGUAGCUGCCAGUCUCUGGACAGCAACGCCGAAAGCCCCUCACUUCGGAAGUCCCGCAUGCACAGAGCCAGAAGUUAUCCUGAUAACAGACAGGAUUUUGCAGACAGGGAGAAUCACGUGUAUGAUAAGAUUAUCGCUAAAGGUGGGACGUACCCACGGAGGUACCCGGUAUCUCCGCAUCACAAAGACCUCAGUGAGGGUCGGCGCACGUUUCCACGGAUACGACGCCCCCAGGGUAACCUGUUCACACUGGUGCCGUCACGUCGUUCUCUCAACGGCAGCGAGGAGAGUCUCGGAAGCUGGCAGCAUGUUGACGCGCACUCCCGUCUCCGCCCCAAAGACCGCCCCAAAGACCGCCCACUGCCUCACAAGUCCCCCACAGCUCCUGUGACCUGGAGGAGAGGGAAACUGCUGGGUCAAGGUGCAUUCGGACAUGUUUAUCUCUGCUAUGAUGUGGACACUGGACGGGAACUGGCAGCUAAACAGGUCCAGUUUGACCCAGAGAGCCCGGAGACCAGCAAAGAGGUCAGCACUCUGGAGUGUGAGAUUCAGCUACUGAAGAAUCUACAUCACGAGCGCAUCGUGCAGUACUACGGCUGCCUCCGGGACCACAACGAGAAGACACUGACCAUCUUCAUGGAGUACAUGCCUGGGGGCUCGGUGAAAGACCAGCUGAAGGCGUACGGCGCGCUGACGGAGAACGUGACCCGCAAAUACACCAGACAGAUCCUGGAAGGAAUGUCCUACCUGCACAGCAACAUGAUCGUCCACAGAGACAUCAAAGGUGCCAACAUCCUGAGGGAUUCGGCAGGGAACGUGAAACUCGGAGACUUCGGGGCCAGCAAGCGCCUGCAGACCAUCUGCAUGUCCGGGACGGGCGUGCGCUCGGUCACCGGGACGCCGUACUGGAUGAGUCCGGAGGUCAUCAGCGGAGACGGAUACGGACGCAAAGCCGACGUGUGGAGUCUCGGCUGCACUGUGGUGGAGAUGCUGACGGAGAAGCCACCUUGGGCCGAGUACGAGGCCAUGGCAGCCAUCUUUAAAAUCGCCACUCAGCCCACAAACCCGUUGCUGCCGUCGCACAUCUCAGACCAGACCAGAGACUUCAUUCGGCGCAUCUUCGUCGAGGCCAAACACAGGCCGAGCGCAGAAGAGCUGCUCAGACACUCGUUCUCCCAGAUCUUCUGCUGAGCGAGCUCUCGACCAGGACACCUGCAAACACGAAAGCCGUAUCUAUGACACGUAGCUCGAUCGCAAAGUGAUCACAAAGCAGAACAAAGCACAACACAAGAGCUGGGAAAUCAUCCAGCCAAGAGCGCUUAGAUCUACAUCUUUAGUUUAGUCCUUUAAUGGUGUUGUUGCAGUACAACGGUUCUACCAGCAGGGGGAAGCAAAAAUCCAUCAGCCAGAUAAACGAUGUAUCGUGCAGCCUGCGUCUUCCAAACCAGAGCUGCGAGACGUUUACGGUUGCUGGUCGGGUGGAUCUGUUCUCGUCAUCAUCGUUGUCAUCGAAAUGACGACCUGUAACACUGUUCUCGCUCUCCGGGUCAGUCACGUUAGUGUCGUGUUAGUCGUCAGUGAAGUAGACUGAACUACAGGCUGUGUUUCAGUCAUGACAAGCUUUUCUUUCACUCACAGUCCAACUAAACGCUCUCCGUUACAGAGUGUGCAGAUACAUGACGCUUUUCUCUUAGUGUUCUGACAAUUCCUAUGCUUUUUGAGGCAAAACUGUAACUGUAAAGUCGCUGUGAGGGAAUUCGACCGGCUUUAAUCCCUCACUCGCUACCAUUCAUCAUUAUACACACACACACACACACAUACAAAAGUAUUUUUUCCUUUUCCCUCAGUUCUCCAGGAUCAUCGUGGGGAACCUUUGAGUUGGUGGUGCGCUAGUUAAACUAGCUUGCUUAACUCUUAGCUAAUAUAUUUUCUGAACUAUAAGAUGCUGUAGUUCCCACAUACUUUUACUCCAAUUACUUAUAUACGUGGUAUCAAUUAUAUUACACUGUAUUAUUGUU